CCGCCGUGAACGCGAGCCGCUUAGAAAGGGCGAGUCGGCGACGGCGGAGGCCACAUAUAAAAGAAGGUCGCAGCCACGCGGACACGGCUUCUUACGAAGCCCGAAUUCUCUCCACGUCGGAUCUGUGAUUCGCGAUGGCUCAGGCCGCGACGUGCGUGCAAAAGAUAUAUAAUGGAGUAAUUGAAGAUGUCAUCAAUGGAGUUCGAGAAUACUUCCUGGAUGAAGGAGUUGACGAGGAAGUGUUAACAGAACUGAAGCAGUUAUGGGAACAAAAACUGCAGCGAAUGAAUGUUUUUGAUCACCCGGAACCCGGUACAGCCAAUACAUCCCACCAACAGCAACUUCAGCAGCAGCAACAACAGCAGCAGCAACAGCAACAGCAACAGAAUGCACAAGGAGGAGCACCAGCAUCUACCAUGCUACCCACCAACCUAGUGCCGGUACAAAUCACAGUGCCAGCACAGCAGGCUGGAGGAGCACCAAAGACUAUCACCAUCCAUGUGCCAUCAUCAGCAUUGGCAAAUGGUGUUGCUGGACAGCAGCUACAAACCAUCUUGAGUGCUACAGAUGCAGCCCACACAUUUUCACUUGAGCCUAGUCGUGCAGCUGAAAUCAUUCAGAGGAAACUCAAUCAAGCACUAGAGGAACAUGGAAUUACUUUACCUCCACAAUUGCUGCAGUACAACCAUAUUGCCACUACACAGGUGGACGGAGCAUUUGAUGAAGAGGAACUUGGCCCAACCCCUAGUACUUCCAAAGGAAAGACCAGCAAACCAGCCUUAGCUCAGAUGUCUUGGAACAAAGAAAGUCAACCAUCCCUCUCUGUUGACAGAGGCACAAUGGACAGACUUUUGUUUGCGAGAUUGAAAGCUUCACAGGUUGAUGGUGCGUAUGGAACUGGAGACAGUUCAUCUGAGAUUUCAGAAGAUGAAGACGAUGAUGAUGAUGAAAAGGAUGAUGAAGAGGAUAAGAAAUCUUUAGAUGGGGAAGAGGAGGAAGAUGAAGAUGAUGCACAAGAAGAGGUAUUAAUAUUAUUAUUAUUAUUAUUGUUGUUGUUUUUUGAGUGACAAGUCAGUUUCAGA